CGACUUUUUAUUUUAAAGCGAUUAAACACGUCGACCCCCCCGCAAUGUAACAAGACGACAAGAUCUUAAACGAGUUUUACAGCUUGUAAAGAUAAAACAACAACACAAUGCUAGCUUCAACCAGUAAAGUUAGCUGUGCUCCUGCAUGUCAGAGGACGUCGGCGGUGCAGCGUUUCUGUGUCGAUGAAAUGUGUUUUUUUUUUAUGCUCAGACCGAGGGGUUAAAUCUCUCUCGUGGGUCGUCUCGUGCAUGUUUAUCUCGCCGUGUCCCCCGGUUGUUGCGUGGGUCUCCUAGUAAACGCCAGAAGGCCCGUGUGUGCUGUGGUGAGCUCCUCUCUGUUUUGUCCGUGUAUUUGAAGCCCGGAUGUCGUUGAAGCAGACCAAGUCAGCACCUGACGGAGUGGAUCGUCUUUCCCCCGGACUUAUAACCAUAGAUCUCUGCUUUUAAAUCUGCGCAGACUCAUUUCUUUAAGCAUCAUCUCGGGGAUCUUCAGUGAAGAGGAGUGGGGUGAUAUUAUCUGAUUUUUUUUUCCUGUUUAGGCCUCUGCUGCGUCUUUAGGAAAGGGGUGAACCAGGUGUCAGAAACCAAUAAUGUCAGCGGAGAAGAUGGAGACGACAGCGAGCGCGUCCAAUGGAUCUGGACCUGUGUAUGAAGAGAAAGAAAGCCCCCUCAGUCCUGAGGAUCUGUCAGAGAUGCUGGCGGCGGGGACCAAGGAGGUGCAUGAAAAGGCUGAGAACACUCAGUUUGUGAAAGAUUUUCUCAGGGGACGCAUCCGCAAAGAGCUUUUCAAGCUCGGCGCUGUGGCGCUUUACUACACUUACACAGCCAUGGAGGAGGAGAUCGAAAGGAACAAAGACCACCCCCACUUUGCCCCUCUGUAUUUUCCUGCAGAGCUGCACCGCCACGAGCCUCUGGCCCGCGAUCUUGAGUACUUUUACGGCCCUGAGUGGCAGAGCCUGGUCAGCUGCUCCCCGGCCACCCAGCGCUACGUGGACCGCAUCCACGAAGUGGGGCAGGAGGACCCGGUGCUGCUGGUGGCCCACGCCUACACCCGCUACAUGGGGGACCUGUCCGGCGGCCAGGUGCUGAAAAAGGUGGCGCAGAGAGCUAUGAAGCUGCCGCCCACGGGAGAGGGCCUGGAGUUCUAUCAGUUUGACGCCAUCCACAGCGCCAAGGCGUUCAAGCAGCUGUACCGAAGCCGCAUGAACGAGCUGGAUCUGGACGGGGAAACGAAGAGGAGGCUGGUGGAUGAGGCUGUCAAGGCUUUCCAGUUUAACAUGGAGGUUUUUGAUGAGCUGGAAGAAAUGGGCAAAACUAUCCAGGAGGAUGUUUUGGAUGCCGGCAUGCCCGUUCAUGGAGCAAUGGGUGGAGACAUCAGCAAGUGUCCCUACUAUGCUGCCAAAAUGGCGGCGUCAGGCGGACCGGCGUACAUCGGCCAGCUGGCCAUGGCCGUGCUGCGACACCCAACGGGACAGGUCCUGUUUGCCACUUGGUUUGCUGCGUUGGCGGGACUGGCUGCGUGGUACCUGAUGUGAUCCGAGCCCUCAUUCCGAUAUGUAAAGACAGCCACUGAAAGAAGGAAGGAAGGAAGGAAGGAAGGAAGGAGACUAGGAGAUUUCCAGAAACUGUAAACCAUUUUAUAGUUUCUUACAUUUUCCGUCACAUUAUUUUUAUUUUUUUUUUGCUAAUAAUGGAAACCGUCUGUAAAUCAACACGGGUAUGUUUCCAGCAGUGGAAUUCCGACUAAGUCGCCUGUAGGACCAUUAGGAUGUCGACUCCAUCCAUCCAGCGUAUUAUAAAUUCUCACCAUUCUACCUCCUCUGCAAUAUCCCUCCAUCCUGUGCCCUCCGAGGGCGUGUCAAGACCUAUCGUUACUGGUAUUUUUAAACUGAAAUCGGCUCUGCGGUGGCAGUACAUGAGUUAAUGAUGAAUUCGUUUUCAAAUUCUUUAAAAAAACACAAAAAAAACAUACUAUGCAUAUGUUAUUGCACGGUAGCUGAACGACUGCUGCUUUCGUUUUUAAUGAGGCCUUUAAUGCAUAGACAUAAAAACAGAACUUUUUCUCUUCUUUUUUUUUUAAAUUUAUGCCUCAUGUCCUUAUACUGUAGUCUUUUAUUCUUUUAUUCAUUUUUUUUUUUUAACACUUCACAGUGAUUUCAGUUCCGGACCUAAUGUGAAAAAGAUGCUCUCGUGUCCGUGAGACACGAGAUGACAAGUAUUAUGAGGAGGAGUUUAAUCCCUUCUGCUGCGCGCUCACUGAAACACUGCCCCUCUGCUCCAGAAUGAUCUCGUAUUAAACUGCCCAUCGAUUCGCCAUUAAAAUUACUGAUUUCACUCCACCUGCCACAUGAGCCUAUAUUAGGACCAAGAGGUUAUUGCAGCUGUUUUAAAAGUAAAGUUUUUUGUACUUAAUGAUGCUCAUCUACAUGAAGGGUGGAUACGUCCGAAUGUCCAUUAUGAACUACUAGUAUUGGCUAUUUCAACCGCUCAGCUUUUCAUAUGCACUCAUCUGUGUUGUCAUUACAAAAAAAAAAGUGAGCACAUAUUCAGAUUUCUUUCCACAUAGAUAAAGAGAAAUAUUUUGUGAUGUGUGUACUAUACAUAUGCAGUGUGAAUUGCACUGUUUUGCGGUUUAAUAUUUAACCUGGCAUCUUAUUUACUGGGGACAGAGCACCAAAGGAAACCUGCUUCGGCCAGGUUUCCGGUGCUGUGUAUUUGCACAACGCGUUCAUACAUAAAUGAAUGUGCAGUAUUUCUUUAUUGAUUUAAAAAGAAGAAGAAAAAAAAAAGGCUUUAAAUCACUGACAAUAUUACCGAUGAUGUGUUUGUGUGCUGGAGAGUCUCAGGUUCGUUAUUGGACGAGCAGCAGCGUAGAACCUGCCUGGUGUGCUCCCCUAAUUUAAUCCAUAUUAACGAUGCAAGUGUGAUGAGACACUUAUUCGAAUCUCAGGAGAGUGUGAUCGUGAGUUGAAAGCGGACCUGGAGGGGGGGGGGGGGCUUGAUUUGUUCACGUUGGAAUUUUUGAAUUCUGUCGCAUUUUCUUAAACUCUCGCCCUCGAUCCCUUCUGUGUGUGUGUUACUGGAGCUUUAGUAGCGACUGGCUAGAGCGCUCUCGUUGUUGGAGAGUGGGAAUUCCAGGAGCAUGUUGUGCUGUCAGUGAUGAAAUAAAAUGUUUCUUGCUGAAAUGAA